AUGUUGGAUAUAGAUGAUGAGCCACCACGAGACUCAGUAGGAACUAUUAGAGAAUGGGCUGAUGAGCGCUCUAAUGGGAUGUUGGAUAUAGAUGAUGAGCCACCGGCAGACUCAGUUGGAAUUUUGGAUAUAGAUGAUGAGCCACCACCAGACUCAGUAGAAACUAUUAGAGAAUGGGCUGAUGAGCGCUCUAAUAAGAAGUUGGAUAUAGAUGAUGAACCACCAGCAGACUCAGUGGAAACUAUUAGACAAUGGACUGAUGAGCGCUCUAAUGAGAAGUUGGAUAUCGACAAUGAGCCACCGGCAGACUCAUUGGUUAUAGAUGAUGAUCCACCAGCAGACUCAGUAGAAACUAUUAGAGAAUGGGCCGAUGAGCGCUCUAAUGAGAAGUUGGAUAUAGAUGAUGAGCCACCAGCAGACUCAGUAGAAACUAUUAGAGAAUGGGCUGAUGAGCGCUCUAAUGCGAAGUUGGAUAUAGAUGAUGAGCCACCGGCAGACUCAUUGGAUAUAGAUGAUGAGCCACCACCAGACUCAGUAGAAACUAUUAGAGAAUGGGCUGAUGAGCGCUCUAAUGGGAAGUUGGAUAUAGAUGAUGAGCCACCGGCAGACUCAGUAGAAACUAUUAGAGAAUGGGCUGAUGAGCGCUCUAAUGGGAAGUUGCAUAUAGAUGAUGAGCCACCGACAGAAUCAGUAGAAACUAUUAGAGAAUGGGCUGAUGAGAGCUCUAAUGAGAAGUUCUAUAUAGAUGAUGAGCCACCACCAGACUCAGGAGAAUCUAUUAGAGAAUUUGCUGAUGAGCGUUCUAAUGAGAAGUUGGAUUUAGAUGAUGAGCCACCACCAGACUCAGUAGAAACUAUUAGAGAAUUGGCUGAUGAGCGCUCUAAUGGGAAGUUAGAUAUAGAUGAUGAGCCAUCACCAGUCUCAGUAGAAACUAUUAGAGAAUGGACUGAUGAGCGCUCUAAUGGGAAGUUGGAUAUAGAUGAUGAGCCACCGGCAGACUCAGUAGAAACUAUUAGAGAAUGGGCUGAUGAGCGCUCUAAUGGGAAGUUGGAUAUAGAUGAUGAGCUACCAGCAGACUCACCACCACCAGACACAGUAGAAACUAUUAGAGAAUGGGCUGAUGAGCGCUCUAAUGGGAAGUUGGAUAUAGAUGAUGAACCACCAGCAGACUCAGUAGAAACUAUUAGAGAAUGGGCUGAUGAGCGCUCUAAUGAGAAGUUGGAUAUAGAUAAUGAGCCACCGGCAGACUCAGCAGAAACUAUUAGAGAAUGGGCUGAUGAGCACUCUAAUGUGAAGUUGGAUAUAGAUGAUGAUCCACCGGCAGACUCAGUAGAAACUAUUAGAGAAUGGGCUGAUGGGCGCUCUAAUGGGAAGUUGGAUAUAGAUGAUGAGACACCGGCAGACUCAGUAGAAACUAUUAGAGAAUGGGCUGAUCAGCGCUCUAAUGAGAAGUUGGAAAUAAAUUAUGAGCCACCACCAGACUCAGUAGAAACUAUUAGAGAAUGGGCUGAUGAGCGCUCUAAUGAGAAGUUGGAUAUAGAUGAUGAGCCACCAGCAGUCUCAGUAGAAACUAUUAGAGAAUGGGCUGAUGAGCGCUCUAAUGGGAAAAUGGAUAUAGAAGAUGAGCCACUGGCAGACUCAGUAGAAACUAUUAGAGAAUGGGCUGAUGUGCGCUCUAAUGAGAAGUUGGUAAUAGAUAAUGAGCCACCGGCAGACUCAGUAGAAACUAUUAGAGAAUGGGCUGAUGAGCACUCUAAUGAGAAGUUGGAUAUAGAUGAUGAUCCACCAGCAGACUCAGUAGAAACUAUUAGAGAAUGGGCUGAUGAGCGCUCUAAUGAGAAGUUGGAUAUAGAUGAUGAGCCACCAGCAGACUCAGUAGAAACUAUUAGAGAAUGGGCUGAUGAGCGCUCUAAUGAGAAGUUGGAUAUAGAUGAUGAGCCACCACCAGACUCAGUAGAAACUAUUAGAGAAUGGGCUGGUGAGUGCUCUAAUGGGAAGUUGGAUAUAGAUGAUGAGCUACCUCCAGACUCAGUGGAAACUAUUAGAGAAUGGGCUGAUGAGCGCUCUAAUGGGAAGUUGGAUAUAGAUGAUGAGCCACCACCAGACUCAGUAGAAACUAUUAGAGAAUGGGCUGAUGAGCGCUCUAAUGGGAAGUUGGAUAUAGAUGAUGAGCCACCGGCAGACUCAGUAGAAACUAUUGGAGAAUGGGCUGAUGAGUGCUCUAAUGAGAAGUUGGAUAUAGAUGAUGAGCCACCAGCAGACUCAGUAGAAACUAUUGGAGCAUGGGAUGAUGAGCGCUCUAAUGAGAAGUUGGAUAUAGAUGAUGAGCCACCAGCAGACUCAGUAGAAACUAUUAGAGAAUGGGCUGAUGAGCGCUCUAAUGGGAUGUUGGAUAUUGAUGAUGAGCCACCGGCAGGCUCAGUAGAAACAAUUAGAGAAUGGGCUGAUGAGCGCUCUAAUGGGAAGUUGGUUAUAGAUGAUGAGCCACCAGCAGACUCAGCAGAAACUAUUAGCGAAUGGGCUGAUGAGUGCUCUAAUGAGAAGUUGGAUAUAGAUGAUGAGCCACCACCAGACUCAGUAGAAACUAUUAGAGAAUGGGGUGACGAGCGCUCUAAUGAGAAGUUGGAUAUAGAUGAUGAUCCACCAGCAGACUCAGUAGAAACUAUUAGAGAAUGGGCUGAUGAGCGCUCUAAUGAGAAGUUGGAUAUAGAUGAUGAGCCACCAGCAGACUCAGUAGAAACUAUUAGAGAAUGGGCUGAUGAGCGCUCUAAUGAGAAGUUGGAUAUAGAUGAUGAGCCACCACCAGACUCAGUAGAAACUAUUAGAGAAUGGGCUGGUGAGUGCUCUAAUGGGAAGUUGGAUAUAGAUGAUGAGCUACCUCCAGACUCAGUGGAAACUAUUAGAGAAUGGGCUGAUGAGCGCUCUAAUGGGAAGUUGGAUAUAGAUGAUGAGCCACCACCAGACUCAGUAGAAACUAUUAGAGAAUGGGCUGAUGAGCGCUCUAAUGGGAAGUUGGAUAUAGAUGAUGAGCCACCGGCAGACUCAGUAGAAACUAUUGGAGAAUGGGCUGAUGAGUGCUCUAAUGAGAAGUUGGAUAUAGAUGAUGAGCCACCAGCAGACUCAGUAGAAACUAUUGGAGCAUGGGAUGAUGAGCGCUCUAAUGAGAAGUUGGAUAUAGAUGAUGAGCCACCAGCAGACUCAGUAGAAACUAUUAGAGAAUGGGCUGAUGAGCGCUCUAAUGGGAUGUUGGAUAUUGAUGAUGAGCCACCGGCAGCCUCAGUAGAAACAAUUAGAGACUGGGCUGAUGAGCGCUCUAAUGGGAAGUUGGUUAUAGAUGAUGAGCCACCAGCAGACUCAGCAGAAACUAUUAGCGAAUGGGCUGAUGAGUGCUCUAAUGAGAAGUUGGAUAUAGAUGAUGAGCCACCACCAGACUCAGUAGAAACUAUUAGAGAAUGGGCUGACGAGCGCUCUAAUGAGAAGUUGGAUAUAGAUGAUGAGCCACCACCAGACUCAGUAGAAACUAUUAGAGAAUGGGAUGAUGUGCGGCCUGAUGAGAAUUUGGAUAUAGAUAAUGAGCCACCGGCAGACUCAGUAGAAACUAUUAGAGUAUGGGAUGAUGAGCACUCUAAUGAGAAGCUGGAUAUAGGUGAUGAUCCACCAGCAGACUCAGUAGAAACUAUUAGAGAAUGGGCUGAUGAGCGCUCUAAUGAGAAUUUUUAUAUAGAUGAUGAGCCCCCAGCAGACUCAGUAGAAACUAUUAGAGAAUGGGCUGAAGAGCGCUCUAAUAAGAAGUUGGAUAUUCAUGAUGAACCAUCAGCAGACUCAGUAGAAACUAUUAGAGAAUGGGCUGAUGAGCGCUCUAAUGGGAAGUUGGAUAUAGAUGAUGAGCCACCACCAGACUCAGUAGAAACUAUUAGAGAAUGGGGUGAUGGGCGCUCUAAUGGGAAGUUGGAUAUAGAUGAUGAGCCACCACCAGACUCAGUAGGAACUAUUAGAGAAUUGGUUGAUGAGCGUGCUAAUGAGAAGUUGGAUAUAGAUGAUGAGCCACCACCAGACUCAGUACAAACUAUUAGAGAAUGGGCUGAUGAGUGCUCUAAUGAGAAGUUGGAUAUAGAUGAUGAACCACCAGUAGACUCAGUAGAAACUAUUAGAGAAUGGGCUGACGAGCACUCUAAUGAGAAGUUGGAUAUAGAUGAUGAGCCACCACCAGACUCAGUAGAAACUAUUAGAGAAUGGGAUGAUGAGCGCCCUGAUGAGAAUUUGGAUAUAGACAAUGAGCCACCGGCAGACUCAGUAGAAACUAUUAGAGAAUGGGCUGAUGGGCUGAUGAGCGCUCUAAUGAAAAAAUGGGCUGAUGAGCGCUCUAAUGGGAAGUUGGAUAUAGAUGAUGAGCCACCACCAGACUCAGUAGAAACUAUUAGAGAGUGGGCUGAUGAGCGCUCUAAUGGGAAGUUGGAUAUAGAUGAUGAGCCACCACGAGACUCAGUAGAAACUAUUAGAGAAUGGGCUGAUGAGCACUCUAAUGGGAAGUUGGAUAUAGCUGAUGAGCCACCAGCAGACUCAGUAGAAACUAUUAGAGAAUGGGCUGAUGAGCGCUCUAAUGAGAAGUUGGAUAUAGAUGAGCCACCAGCAGACUCAGUAGAAACUAUUAGAGAAUGGGCUGAUGAGCGCUCUAACAGGAAGUUGGAUAUAGAUGACGAGCCGCCACCAGACUCAUUGGAUAUAGAUGAUGAGCCACCACCAGACUCAGUAGAAACUAUUAGAAAAUGGGCUGAUGAGCGCUCUAAUGGGAAGUUGGAUAUAGAUGAUGAGCCACCGGCACACUCAGUAGAAACUGUUAGAGAAUGGGCUGAUGAGCGCUCUAAUGAGAAGUUGGAUAUAGAUGAUGACCCACCACCAGACUCAGUAGAAACUAUUAGAGGAUGGGCUGAUGAGCGCUCUAAUGAGAAGUUGGAUAUAGAUGAUGAACCACCAGCAGACUCAGUAGAAACUAUUAGAGAAUGGGCUGAUGUGCGCUCUAAUGAGAAGUUGGUAAUAGAUAAUGAGCCACCGGCAGACUCAGUAGAAACUAUUAGAGAAUGGGCUGAUGAGCACUCUAAUGAGAAGUUGGAUAUAGAUGAUGAUCCACCAGCAGACUCAGUAGAAACUAUUAGAGAAUGGGCUGAUGAGCGCUCUAAUGAGAAGUUGGAUAUAGAUGAUGAGCCACCAGCAGACUCAGUAGAAACUAUUACAGAAUGGGCUGAUGAGCGCUCUAAUGAGAAGUUGGAUAUAGAUGAUGAGCCACCACCAGACUCGGUAGAAACUAUUAGAGAAUGGGCUGAUGAGUGCAUUAAUGGGAAGUUGGAUAUAGAUGAUGAGCCACCUCCAGACUCAGUAGAAACUAUUACAGAAUGGACUGAUGAGCGCUCUAAUGGGAAGUUGGAUAUAGAUGAUGAGCCACCAACAGACUCAGUAGAAACUAUUAGAGAAUGGGCUGAUGAGCGCUGUAAUGGGAAGUUGGAUAUAGAUGAUGAGCCACCGACAGACUCAGUAGAAACUAUUAGAGAAUGGGCUGAUGAGCGCUCUAAUGGGAAGUUGGAUAUAAAUGAUGAGCCACCGGCAGACUCAGUAGAAACUAUUGGAGAAUGGGCUGAUGAGUGCUCUAAUGAGAAGUUGGAUAUAGAUGAUGAGCCACCAGCAGACUCAGUAGAAACUAUUAGAGAAUGGGCUGAUGAGCGCUCUAAUGGGAAGUUGGAUAUAGAUGAUGAGCCACCACCUGACUCAGUAGAAACUAUUAGCGAAUGGGCUGAUGAGUGCUCUAAUGAGAAGUUGGAUAUAGAUGAUGAGCCACCACCAGACUCAGUAGAAACUAUUAGAGAAUGGGCUGACGAGUGCUCUAAUGAGAAGUUGGAUAUAGAUGAUGAGCCACCACCAGACUCAGUAGAAACUAUUAGAGAAUGGGAUGAUGAGCGGCCUGAUGAGAAUUUGGAUAUAGAUAAUGAGCCACCGGCAGACUCACUGGAUAUAGGCGAUGAUCCACCAGCAGAAUCAGUAGAAACUAUUAGAGAAUGGGCUGAUGAGCGCUCUAAUGAGAAGUUGGAUAUAGAUGAUGAGCCACCAGCAGACUCAGUAGAAACUAUUAGAGAAUGGGCUGAAGAGCGCUCUAAUAAGAAGUUGGAUAUUCAUAAUGAACCAUCAGCAGACUCAGUAGAAACUAUUAGAGAAUGGGCUGAUGAGCGCUCUAAUGGGAAGUUGGAUAUAGAUGAUGAGCCACCACCAGACUCAGUAGAAACUAUUAGAGAAUGGGGUGAUGAGCGCUCUAAUGGGAAGUUAGAUAUAGAUGAUGAGCCACCACCAGACUCAGUAGGAACUAUUAGAGAAUUGGUUGAUGAGCGUGCUAAUGAGAAGUUGGAUAUAGAUGAUGAGCCACCACCAGACUCAGUACAAACUAUUAGAGAAUGGGCUGAUGAGUGCUCUGAUGAGAAGUUGGAUAUAGAUGAUGAACCACCAGCAGACUCAGUAGAAACUAUUAGAGAAUGGGCUGACGAGCGCUCUAAUGAGAAGUUGGAUACAGAUGAUGAGCCACCACCAGACUUAGUAGAAACUAUUAGAGAAUGGGAUGAUGAGCGCCCUGAUGAGAAUUUGGAUAUAGAUAAUGAGCCACCGGCAGACUCAGUAGAAACUAUUAGAGAAUGGGCUGAUGAGCGCUCUAAUGAAAAGUUGGAUAUAGAUGAUGAACCACCAGCAGACUCAGUGGAAACUAUUAGAGAAUGGGCUGAUGAGCGCUCCAAUGUGAAGUUGGAUAUAGAUGAUGAGCCACCACCAGACUCAUUGGAUAUAGAUGAUGAGCCACCACUAGACUCAGUAGAAACUAUUAGAGAAUGGGCUGAUGUGCACUCUAAUGGGAAGUUGGAUAUAGAUGAGCCACCAGCAGACUCACUAGAAACAAUUAGAGAAUGGGCUGAUGAGCGCUCUAAUGGGAAGUUGGAUAUAGAUGAUGAGCCACCAGCAGACUUACUAGAAACUAUUAGGGACUGGGCUGAUGAGCGUUCUAAUGGGAAGUUGGAUAUAGAUGAUGACCCAACAGCACACUCAGUAGAAACUAUUAGAGAAUGGGCUGAUAAGCGCUCUAAUGGGAAGAUGGAUAUAGAUGAUGAGCCACCAGCAGACUCAGUAGAAACUAUUACAGAAUGGGCUGAUGAGCGCUCUAAUAGGAAGUUGGAUAUAGAUGAUGAGCCACCACCAGACUCAGUAGAAACUAUUAGAGAGUGGGCUGAUGAGCGCUCUAAUGGGAAGUUGGAUAUAGAUGAUGAGCCACCACCAGACUCAGUAGAAACUAUUAGAGAGUGGGCUGAUGAGCGCUCUAAUGGGAAGUUGGAUAUAGAUGAUGAGCCACCACGAGACUCAGUAGAAACUAUUAGAGAAUGGGCUGAUGAGCACUCUAAUGGGAAGUUGGAUAUAGGUGAUGAGCCACCAGCAGACUCAGUAGAAACUAUUAGAGAAUGGGCUGAUGAGCGCUGUAAUGAGAAUUUGGAUAUAGAUGAGCCACCAGCAGACUCAGUAGAAACUAUUAGAGAAUGGGCUGAUGAGCGCUCUAAUAGGAAGUUGGAUAUAGGUGAUGAGCCACCACCAGACUCAUUGGAUAUAGAUGAUGAACCACCAGCAGACUCAGUAGAAACUAUUAGAGAAUGGUCUGAUAAGCGCUCUAAUGAGAUGUUAGAUAUAGAUGAUGAGCCACCACCAGACUCAUUGAAUAUAGAUAAUGAGCCACCACCAGACUCAGUAGAAACUAUUAGAGAGUGGGCUGAUGAGCGCUCUAAUGAGAAGUUGGAUAUAGAUGAUGAGUCACCACCAGACUCAGUAGCAACUAUUAGAGAAUGGGCUGAUGAGUGCUCUAAUGGGAAGUUGGAUAUAGAUGAUGAGCCACCCCCAGACUCAGUAGAAACUAUUAGAGAAUGGGCUGAUGAGCGCUCUAAUGAGAAGUUGGAUAUAGAUGAUGAACCACCUGCAGACUCAAUAGAAACUAUUAGAGAAUGGGCUGAUGAGCGCUCUAAUGAGAAGUUGGAUGUAGAUGAUGAGCCACCACCAGACUCAGUAGAAACUAUUAGAGAAUGGGCUGAUGAGCGCUCUAAUGGGAAGUUGGAUAUAGAUGAUGGCCACCACAAGACUCAAGAAUGGGCUGAUGAGCGCUCUAAUGGGAAGUUGGAUAUAGAUGAUGAGCCACCAGCAGACUUAUUAGAAACUAUUAGAGACUGGGCUGAUGAUCAUUCUAAUGUGAAGUUGGAUAUAGAUGAUGAGCCAACAGCACACUCAGUAGAAACUAUUAGAGAAUGGGCUGAUGAGUGCUCUCAUGGGAAGAUGGAUAUAGAUGAUGAGCCACCAGCAAACUCAGUAGAAACUAUUAGAGAAUGGGCUGAUGAGCGCUCUAAUGGGAAGUUGGAUAUAGAUGAUGAGCUACCACCAGAAUCAGUAGAAACUAUUACAGAAUGGGCUGAUGAGCGCGCUAAUGGGAAGUUCGAUAUAGAUGAUGAGCCACCACCAGACUCAGUAGAAACUAUUAGAGAGUGGGCUGAUGAGCAUUCUAAUGGGAAGUUGGAUAUAGAUGAUGAGCCAACAGCACACUCAGUAGAAACUAUUAGAUAA